GUGCGUCAUUAGCAAGAUUUCCCGCCAACAAAUCUCCAGAGAUAAACAUAACAACCUCCAUCCAACUCACUAACGAACUCACCAUGGCGCCUCACGAAGGACUAGUACACCCCAAGGAAUAUGACAUCAAGGAUAGCAAUGUGGAGCUGAUCGGAUCCGAUCUGGACCAUCGCGUCAAGUACAAUUCCGCGGCCACGGAGCCGGCCUGGAACAACGGGCAGAUCGGACAGGAGGCCGGGCUGUGGAUCUGGCGGAUUGAAAACUUCGAGGUCGUGCCCUGGCCCAAGAGCCGGGCGGGCGAGUUCUACAACGGGGACAGUUACAUCGUGCUGCACUCCUACAAAGUCGGCGAUGACAAACUGGGCCACGAUAUCUUUUUCUGGCUGGGCAGCAAAACAACCCAGGACGAGGCGGGCACCGCGGCUUACAAGACGGUUGAGCUGGACGAAUUCCUGCACGGAGCGGCAACCCAGCAUCGUGAAGUCCAGCAACAGCCAUCGGAGGAUUUCGUGUCGCUGUUCCGUCGCAUUACCAUCCGGUCCGGCGGUGUGGCUUCAGGUUUCAACCAUGUGGAGGAAGAAGAACCUGAGGAGGUGACAACGUUGCUUCGUGUUUUCAAGCAUCCAGGCGCCGGCCGGAUCGACUCGAUCAUCGUGUACGAGGUGGAACCAACCUGGCAGAGCCUCGAUGACAAAGAUGUCUUUGUCUUAGACAAGGGCGACAAGAUCUGGGUGUGGCAGGGAAAGACCUGCAGCCCGAUGGAAAAGGCCAAGGCCGCUCAGGUUGUGAACGACAUGACGCUGGCGAAACAUGUCGAUGUGGAAGUGCUAUCCCAACUGGAAUCGCGGUCGAAGAUCUUCGUCGACCUGUUGGGCGGCAAGGAGGUGGACCAACUCUCCUUCCAGGCUCCACGUCCCGUCUCAUUCUCCAAGCGAUCCCAAGAUCAGAGCGGCGCCUCGCGUCCAUCCAAAUUAUUCCGGCUCAGUGACGCCUCCGGAUCGCCCUCAUUCAAUCUGGUCAAGGAUGGUGGGCCAGUUCGCCGGUCGGACCUGGACGGAAACGAUGUAUUCCUCUACGACGUUGGUAGCCGACUGUGGGUCUGGCAAGGAUCGGGUGCCAGUGAACGCGAAAAGGCCUUGUGGCUGAAAGUCGCCCAGGCUUAUGUUCGUCAUCUGCAACAAAACCAAGACGAUUCCGACGCAUACCUGACCCCGAUUUCCAAAGUUGUGGAAGGUUACGAAAGCCCGGCAUUCCUGAAAUGGAUUGAGGUUUAGAUAGAAGCGGAGAUACAUCAUGUAUAGAUGCCCUGGCAACGAGCAGACUAAGGAUAUAUUUCCAAUUGAUUAACCAAGUCGAUAAUUUCCCACGCAGAUAUGUGCGGUCGACAGCAUUCAGGAGGGCCUCGGUAGCGAAUGUGAUGAUAAGAUUAUUUUUGAUCAAGAAUCACAUGAACUC